CAGGGCCUGUGUAGCCUAUGUGACCUCCACAGAAGAGCUGAGCAGACAAGGAAAAGGCUUAUUUCUAGGACAUCUUCCAGGAAUUGAAGGGACGAAGAAGCUGGCCUGUGCAGUCAGCAAUGUGCUGUAUCGAGCUUAUGUGGCUUUCCCAGACUUUUUCCGUAAUUCAACUGCCAAGUGGUGGAAGAGGGAAAUAGAAGAACUAUACAACAAUCCACAGAAUCCAGAGAGGAGCUUGAAGUUUGAUGGCAUAUGGAUUGAUAUGAAUGAACCAUCGAGCUUCGUGAAUGGGGCAGUUCAUCCAGGCUGCAGGGAUGCCUCUCUGAACCACCCUCCCUACAUGCCACAUUUGGAGUCCAGGGACAGGGGCCUGAGCAGCAAGACCCUGUGCAUGGAGAGUGAGCAGAUGCUCCCAGACGGCUCCCCCGUGCAGCACUACAACGUGCACAGCCUGUACGGGUGGUCCCAGACCAGACCCACAUACGAAGCCAUGCAGGAGGUGACGGGACAGCGAGGAGUCGUCAUCACCCGCUCCACAUUUCCCUCUUCUGGCCGCUGGGCAGGACAUUGGCUGGGAGACAACACGGCCGCGUGGGAUCAGCUGAAGAAAUCUAUCAUUGGCAUGAUGGAGUUCAGCCUCUUUGGCAUAUCCUACACAGGAGCAGAUAUCUGUGGGUUCUUUCAAGAUGCCGAAUAUGAGAUGUGUGUUCGCUGGAUGCAGCUGGGGGCCUUUUACCCCUUCUCAAGAAACCACAACACCAUUGGGACCAGGAGACAAGACCCUGUAUCCUGGGAUGCUGCUUUUGUGAAUAUUUCCAGAAAUGUCCUGCAGACCAGAUACACCCUGUUGCCAUAUCUCUAUACCUUGAUGCAUAAGGCCCACAUGGAGGGUGUCACUGUUGUUCGGCCUCUGCUCCAUGAGUUUGUGUCAGAUCAGGUGACAUGGGACAUAGACAGUCAGUUCCUGCUGGGCCCAGCCUUCCUGGUCAGCCCUGUCCUGGAGCUCAAUGCCAGAAAUGUCACCGCAUAUUUCCCUAGAGCCCGCUGGUACGAUUACUACACGGGUGUGGAUAUUAAUGCAAGAGGUGAGUGGAAGACCUUGCCUGCCCCUCUUGACCACAUUAAUCUUCAUGUCCGUGGGGGCUACAUCCUGCCCUGGCAAGAGCCUGCACUGAACACCCACUUAAGUCGAAAGAAGCCUCUUGGUCUUAUCAUUGCCCUAGAUGAGAACAAAGAAGCAAAAGGAGAACUUUUCUGGGAUGAUGGGCAAACAAAGGAUACUGUGUAUCGUACCACAGGGGGAGUUCUGGACUUUUAUGUGUUCUUGGGGCCAACUCCAGAGCUUGUCACCCAGCAGUACACUGAGUUGAUCGGCCGGCCUGUGAUGGUUCCUUACUGGUCUUUGGGCUUCCAGCUGUGUCGCUAUGGAUACCAGAAUGACUCUGAGAUCGCCAGCUUGUAUGAUGAGAUGGUGGCCGCCCAGAUCCCUUAUGACGUGCAGUACUCAGACAUCGACUACAUGGAGCGGCAGCUGGACUUCACCCUCAGCCCCAAGUUUGCUGGGUUUCCAGCUCUGAUCAAUCGCAUGAAGGCUGACGGGAUGCGGGUCAUCCUCAUUCUGGAUCCAGCCAUUUCUGGCAAUGAGACACAGCCCUAUCCUGCCUUCACUCGGGGCAUGGAGGAUGACGUCUUCAUCAGAUACCCAAAUGAUGGAGACAUUGUCUGGGGAAAGGUCUGGCCUGAUUUUCCUGAUGUUGUUGUGAAUGGGUCUCUAGACUGGGACAGUCAAGUGGAGCUGUAUCGAGCUUUUGUGGCUUUCCCAGACUUUUUCCGUAAUUCAACUGCCAAGUGGUGGAAGAGGGAAAUAGAAGAACUAUACAGCAAUCCACAGAAUCCAGAGAGGAGCUUGAAGUUUGAUGGCAUAUGGAUUGAUAUGAAUGAACCAUCGAGCUUCGUGAAUGGGGCAGUUCAUCCAGGCUGCAGGGAUGCCUCUCUGAACCACCCUCCCUACAUGCCACAUUUGGAGUCCAGGGACAGGGGCCUGAGCAGCAAGACCCUGUGCAUGGAGAGCGAGCAGAUGCUCCCAGACGGCUCCCCCGUGCAGCACUACAACGUGCACAGCCUGUACGGGUGGUCCCAGACCAGACCCACAUACGAAGCCAUGCAGGAGGUGACAGGACAGCGAGGAGUCGUCAUCACCCGCUCCACAUUUCCCUCUUCUGGCCGCUGGGCAGGACAUUGGCUGGGGGACAACACGGCUGCGUGGGAUCAGCUGAAGAAAUCUAUCAUUGGCAUGAUGGAGUUCAGCCUCUUUGGCAUAUCCUACACAGGAGCAGAUAUCUGUGGGUUCUUUCAAGACGCCGAAUAUGAGAUGUGUGUUCGCUGGAUGCAGCUGGGGGCCUUUUACCCCUUCUCAAGAAACCACAACACCAUUGGGACCAGGAGACAAGACCCUGUAUCCUGGGAUGCUGCUUUUGUGAAUAUUUCCAGAAAUGUCCUGCAGACCAGAUACACCCUGUUGCCAUAUCUCUACACCUUGAUGCAUAAGGCCCACACGGAGGGUGUCACUGUUGUUCGGCCUCUGCUCCAUGAGUUUGUGUCAGAUCAGGUGACAUGGGACAUAGACAGUCAGUUCCUGCUGGGCCCAGCCUUCCUGGUCAGCCCUGUCCUGGAGCUCAAUGCCAGAAAUGUCACCGCAUAUUUCCCUAGAGCCCGCUGGUACGAUUACUACACGGGUGUGGAUAUUAAUGCAAGAGGCGAGUGGAAGACCUUGCCCGCCCCUCUUGACCACAUUAAUCUUCAUGUCCGUGGGGGCUACAUCCUGCCCUGGCAAGAGCCUGCGCUGAACACCCACUUAAGCCGCCAGAAAUUCAUGGGCUUCAAAAUUGCCUUGGAUGAUGAGGGAACUGCUGAGGGUUGGCUCUUCUGGGAUGAUGGGCAAAGCAUUGAUACCUAUGGGAAAGGACUCUAUUAUUUGGCCAAGUUUUCUGCCAGCCAGAAUACAAUCCAGAGUCAUAUAAUUUUCAACAGUUACAUCACCAGUACAAACCCUUUGAAACUGGGCUACAUUGAAAUCUGGGGAGUGGGCAAUGUCCCCAUUACCAGUGUCAGCAUGUCUGUGAGCGGCAUGGUCAUAACACCCUCCUUCAACAGUGACCGCACGACACAGGUGCUAAGCAUCGAUGUGACCGACAGAAACAUCAGCCUACAUAAUUUCACUUCAUUGACAUGGAGAAGCACUCCGUGAAUUUUUAGAGCAAGAUCUGAAACUAUGAAUGACUUUGAAACUAAUACACUUCAUACUCAUGAAAAUUAUUGUGUGUUGCUAAUGGGUUCAUUCUCAUUACUGGUGAAAUAUUUUUGUUAAUUUUGUUAUAUGUUUUGCGUGUGAACCCUAAAGGUUAAAUCUUACCCCUGUGGGAUAGCAGGAGAGAGGUGUGGAAAAUCUGUGUAUUACCUUAAUGUCUCUAUGUGGUUAUAAUGGUAGUGAUUGUUCAUUAUAUGACAUUUACUGAAGAAGAACUGGGUCCAUGAUGAAGUGUAUGUCCAUAUGUGUAAUCAUGGAAUGGACCCCAUUCUCUUGCUAAAUACACAAGAAAAAGCUUUCUGUGACAGUUCCAGGUCUUGAAGCUAAUCAUUACCUCAAGAAAGUAUCCAGAAAGAACAUCUGCUAGUUGGUUUUAGGCCGGGUCGGAGUGGGGAACAAUACAUCUAAUUGGUUAUAGGUGGGGUGGGGGUGGGGCGAUCAUGAUAAGGGAAGAAAAGGCAAACACAAGGAAAGAUCAGAGGAAACAGAAGAUGAUAGUAAAAGUGAUCACAAGUAAGAACAUAAUGUGAAAUUAUCAGCAGCCUCACGGGGAGGAAAACGGAAGAGUCAACUCACCUGAGACAAGAGGGUCUUGAGAAAUCCCUAGCAUAUGGGGAUAGCGGCGAGAAUGAGAUCUGAGCAGGCAAAACUGAAGAGAAAGUUUGGAGGGUAAAAAUAAUUUA